AGCCUUGGCUCAGGAUCGACUAGGAGAGAGAGAGAGAGAGAGAGAGAGAGAGAGAGAGAGAGAGAGAGAGAGAGAGAGAGAGAGAGAGAGAGAGAGAGAGAGAGAGAGAGAGAGAGAGAGAGAGAGAGAGAGUGAGAAAGAGAGAGAGAGAGAGAGAGAGAGAGAGAGAGAGAGAGAGAGAGAGAGAGAGAGAGAGAGAGAGAGAGAGAGAGAGAGAGAGAGAGAGAGAGAGAGAGAGAGGUACAAGAAGUGGUUUGUCCUCUAUCGUAGGAUCCAAUUAUUUGUAUAACAUCUACCAAGCCUACACAAAUAUAUAUAUAAUACCUAU